AUGAAGAAACGACAGGCGAUUCGGUUCUUCCCUGCCUUCCCCGUGCACCGUUGCCGCGGCGUCUCUUUCAACUCUCCGACGACGGGCGAGAAAGUCUGUGUCGGCCAGUUCGACGAAGGCGCCGGGAUUCUCUUGGUUUCCCCAGACAUCCUGGACCGCCUGACGCUGGCGUCUCGCUCGCCGUUCUUCGACGGCUUCGUACUGCGUCAAAUGUCUCCGAAAGUUGUCUACGAAGACGUGAAUCGCGAGGUCUCGGCCUUCCUGGCCGCUGCAGCCAAACUGGGGAAGGGCGAAGCGCGAUCCGGUGAAGAAGCCGCCGACAAAGAGAAGGCCGGAGCGGCGGAGACGCCCUCGCAAGAGAAAGGAAACGGGCAGGAAGCAAAGACGAACAGCCGAGGGUCGGUGUCUCCGAACCGCAAAACGGGGAAACGUGCAUCCUACGUCAAAUCGCUCUCGGGAAGUCUGACGACACCGCAACAGGCGGCUCCCAUCCUCACCGAGCUGGAACAAACCGGACGGUGCAGCGUUCCUGUCCAGUUCAUCGAAUUCACGCGCGGAAAGGAGAAGGACCUCAAUCUCUGCGUUGGCGACUGCUACUGGCUGGGGAUGAAGAUUCCUCUCCAGGCGUGCAACCCCUUUCUUGUCUCACGACAAGAAGGAAUCCUCGAGUACUACACAGGCGCGCCGAGCUCGCGAAGUGCCUCGUCGCCCCCGUCUCUGCCCGAGAGCCCCGCCGCGACUGAGGGUGGAACGAUGAGGAAUCCGCGGGGCGGGGAUAGACGAAUGGGGCCUGUGCACCAGAAUGGCGACGAAAACUCGAGAAAUGCAAGGACGAACGUGGAGGGCGAGAAGGGGAAAGGCGACAACCAACGCAAAGAGGACGACGAGCUUGGGACCUACCGCGACGUUGUCGAGGAACUCAGCAGUCAUGUGAUGGAGAUGUGCAAACGCGCUGCAGAGGUGGUGCCAAACACAGUUGCGUCAGUCGCGGGCAAGGUCCAAGAGGCGUUCCCACGCUCAACAGAAGAGGCGAUGGACCGAGGGAAAAGUUGGGUUGAAUUAUCGCAGCGAAGCUACAAGCGACUGACUACGCACGCAAAGUCCUCGACAUUCGCCGUCCAUACAGGCGCGCCUCGUUUCGCCGCAACAAAAGCCAGUGUCGCGCGCUUCAGCGCGGAGACGGAACAAAACCACCUUCAGUGA